GCUCACUUCAGUCGGAGCUGCGCCGUGGGCAAACCAGACUUGCCCUGUCCGCCUCGAGAGCCUGCGCUUUUCCAGGUGUCGCAUUCUUGCUCUGCUUUCUUUUCUUGGGAACAAUUUCGAGCUCAUGGCUGUGGCCUGGCGUGGCUGGGUGGGGCAUUGCGAGGCCUAGUGGUUAAUUUUCGAUCCGGUGCAGCUGCAAAUUCUGCCUCUAAGCUGGGCGGAUGGAAGAUCCUCGUUCUGGGCUUUGCCGAUCGAGGGAGUGUGAGAGGGAGUAGCAGAGCUGAAGGUCUGCUAGAACGUCGGGGGUGUUAGCUUUGUUUUUGAAGCCGGAGUUAGCUUUUGCAGUCACUGGUGUCUGCACGAAUGGACGACAUAACGCGGACUGUUGUGAAUCUCUCGAACCACAUGGCAUCAAGUCUGUCCAGUUCUUUUAGAGCGGAUGCCAUAGCUUGUUCCUCUUGUAGGAUAGAUAGCGGGAUUAUGGGUGCAUUGCACAAUCCUGCGUUGUUUUUCGAGAAAUUAUUUGGUCACUCAGGAAACAGGGAAGAUAGGCAGCUCCAUCCGCGAUUGCUUGCAAGGAUUAGGCUGCCCUUUGCGGGGCCGAAUGCGUCUAAACACGAGCGGAUGACCGUGAAGAGCAGAAGGGUAGUAGACUGGGAUGCCGUAGAGACAUCUGGGCUGCAGGGCACGAAUUCGAACUCUCCCGUAGCUGAGCAGAUGCCGUCAGAAUCCGUGUCGACAGAAUGGUCUCCUUCGAACCAUAGCACUUUGGAAGAAUCGCCUCUUGACUCUUCAGAGUCUUCGGAGGUAAACUCCGCUGUAUCCAGGGAAGAUCUCGGUCGUGCUACUUGGACGUUUCUUCAUACCCUUGCUGCGCAGUUUCCAGACCAACCAACCAAACAACAGCAACGCGAUGUUAAGGAUCUGAUGGGAAUCUUAUCAAGAAUCUACCCCUGUAAAGAAUGUGCUGAUCAUUUCAAGGAUGUGCUACGAGCAAAUCCUGUGGAAUCAAAAUCAGGAGAAGCUCUUGGGCAAUGGAUGUGUCGUGUGCACAACGUUGUUAACAGAAGUUUGGGCAAGGCGCAGUUUCCAUGUAAUCGGGUUGAUCUGAGAUGGGGAGCUUUGAAUUGUAACGAGGGAGCAUGUGACCUCCACGGGAGAUAUUACAGAUAGAGUUUAUUUAGAACAUUCUUUGUACAGAAGAUGUAAAUGUAUUAGAGAUCAGAAGCAUGUUCGUCCAUCCCCCUUGAAACAGUUGGGCACGAGAACCCAGUUCAGUCACAAUUGUUUCGUCGGUGUUGUACAUGACUCUCCUCGAACUUGCAGUUAAACUAAUUUCAUACUACCGUUGACAUUUUCUCAACAGCAUCCAAACCACGAAGCAUGUCUACCGCAGAGCGUACUCGUCUUAUUGCAUACUUUUGGAUCUUAUCAGUGGAGCGCUUCGUGUCUCCGUUAAGAUCAUUCCAGGGUAGAGAGACCAGGAUUGACAUCUGUCGAUACAAGUGGAAUUGU